GUCAUUUUUUGUGCGACCAGCCGCAUUCGUUCGCCGGUGAACAGAAAAAAACAGAUUUUUCAUUUCGGGAGGAAAAUUUAAACGAAUUUGGGUUUAAAUCCAGCUGACACGGCUGUUCGUGCACGUGCGAGGGACGGGGACACGCACCAGGAUGUUUCUCUGAUUUAAGAAGUAAAGUAGAGGCUUUAAAUCUCCUUGGAAACGGCGCUGAGAGGUUCCUCGUCUCUGCUGCCUCAGUAAGACAACAACAACAACAACAGCGGUUUUCCUCUCCGCGCACUUUAAUGCCUGAAACGGCGACACACGGCCUCGUUUCGCUUAUUUUCACACACUAGCAGUCUAGAGGGGCUUUACUUCGCCGCCUGCCUUCGCCAUGAGCCACGGCGGUGCUAACAGAAGGGGUCGGAGAGGAGGUGGAGGAGGAGGCGGGUGGCGAGGAGACAGAGAGCCGCGGUGUGAGCGCGGAGGAAACUGGGGCAGCUCGAGCUGGGAGGACCAGGAGGAACAUAGCCGAGGAGGAGGUGGAGGUGGAGGUAGAGGAGGAGGAGGACGGGGAAGACACCCGCCUCACCUGAAAGGACGGGAGAUAGGACUGUGGUACGCCAAAUGGGGAGGCAUGAAGAGGAACGAGGCAGAGAGAAAGUCGAGAGCUGUAGUCCAGAUGGAUGAAUCCAGAGAGCAGCACAUCACACAGCUCCUGAAUUCAGUCCAGCGAGGGCCGCCCCAAGAAGCUCACCCCUCUGCCUUACCAUACCAGCAGGUGAAGCCGGAGCCCAGCGGCCACAGUUACUUUGAUGGGGAUGAUCCUGCAGAACAGCAGCAGAAACCAGUGAAAGUGACAAAAAUUGAGCCGAAGGUGGAGAGGGAGACAGAAAGGGAGGAGAUGAAGAGGAAAGUGGAGGAGGACCCCAACGACAGAGAUCUGGAAUAUCUCUUUCAGGAUUUGGUUCAAAAGCCUUCAUUGGAUGCAGAGCUGAGGAGUGAUUUUCAAGCUAAACUAGAGAAUUCAAAAUACCUGGAAAUGCUGAAAUUCAGAGAGAAGUUGCCCUCGUAUGGUAUGAGAGAGGAGCUGGUGGGUCUGAUAGAGGCGAACCGCGUGGUGGUGGUCAGCGGUGAAACUGGCUGCGGCAAAACCACGCAGGUCACACAGUUUAUCCUAGACGACUACAUCCAGCGUGGAUUGGGCUCCCUCUGCAGGGUGGUGUGCACCCAGCCAAGACGCAUCAGCGCCAUAUCUGUAGCAGAGAGGGUUGCAGCUGAGAGGGCGGAGCCUGUCGGAGAGGGGCGGUCCUGCGGGUAUCAGAUCCGUCUGCAGAGCCGGUUACCACGGAAACAGGGAUCGGUGUUGUAUUGUACGACGGGAAUUAUUCUUCAGUGGCUGCGCUCUGAUCCAUGUUUGUCCAGCAUCAGUCACCUAGUUCUGGAUGAGAUCCAUGAGCGGAAUCUACAGUCUGAUGUUCUCCUGACCAUUGUAAAGGACCUGCUGAGGACCAGGGAUGACCUCAAGAUCAUCCUCAUGAGCGCCACGCUCAAUGCAGACAAAUUCAGCAAGUACUUUGGGAACUGCCCCAUGAUCCAUAUCCCCGGCUACACCUUCCCAGUCAAAGAGUACCUGCUGGAGGAUGUGGUCGAGAUGCUCAGGUUCCGGCAGCAGCAGCAGGACCGGCGGCCCCGGUUCCGGAGAGGCUUCAUGCAGGGUCAGAGUGCAUGGCCUGAGAAGGAGCAGAAAGAGGCGGAGUACAAGGAGAGCUGGCCCUGCUACGCCCGCACACUCAGAGACAGGUACUCAGACAGCACCAUCGAUGCCCUGGAGAUGAUGGACGAGGAUGACAAGAUCAAUCUGGAGCUGAUUGCAGCACUCAUCCGCCACAUCGUGAUGAACGAAGACGACGGCGCUAUCCUGGUGUUUCUGCCUGGCUGGGACAACAUCAGCAGCCUGAACGACUUGCUCAUGGCCGACCAGAUGUUUAAAUCCGAUAAGUUCAUCAUUAUUCCACUGCACUCCCUGAUGCCCACGGUCAGCCAGACACAGGUGUUUAAAAGACCCCCUCCCGGAGUCCGGAAGAUUGUGAUCGCCACAAACAUCGCAGAAACCAGUAUUACUAUAGAUGAUGUGGUGUAUGUAAUUGAUGGGGGGAAGAUCAAAGAGACGCACUUUGACACCCAGAACAACAUCAGCACUAUGACUGCAGAGUGGGUGAGCCUGGCCAACGCCAAGCAGAGGAAAGGACGAGCCGGCAGGGUGUCUCCAGGUAAAUGCUAUCACCUGUAUAACGGCCUCCGGGCAAGUCUGCUGGACAGCUAUCAGCUCCCUGAGAUCCAGCGCACCCCUCUGGAGGAGCUCUGCCUGCAGAUAAAGAUCCUAAAGUUGGGCCCUAUUGCAUCAUUCCUGAGGAAGAGUCUGGACCCGCCGUCAGACAGAGCCAUCGAGCUGGCCAUCACUCAUCUCAUGGACCUGAAUGCGCUGGACCAUAAUGAGGAGCUGACGCCUUUGGGGUUCCAUCUGGCCCGCCUGCCCGUGGAGCCCCACAUCGGGAAGAUGAUUCUGUUUGGAGCUCUGCUUGGCUGCCUAGACCCUGUACUCACCAUCGCAACCAGCCUGAGCUUUAAAGACCCCUUCUUCAUUCCACUGGGCAAGGAGAAAAUAGCUGACCAGCGGAGGAAAAUUCUGUCCCAAAACUCCAGGAGUGACCACCUCACAGUGGUCAACGCCUUCUCGGGCUGGGAGGAAGCUAAGAGGCGCGGCUACAAGUAUGAGCGAGAAUUCUGCUGGGACAACUUCCUGUCUGCUAAUACGCUGCAGAUGCUGCAGAAUAUGAAAGGACAGUUUGCGGAGCACCUGUUGGCCGCUGGCUUUGUGAGCAGCAAGGACCCUAAAGAUCCCAGAGCAAACAUCAACUCAGAUAAUGAGAAGCUUCUUAAGGCAGUCAUCGUGGCCGGCCUUUACCCCAAAGUGGCCAAGAUCCGCCCCAGCCUUCACAAGAAGAGACCCAUGCCAGUGAAGGUGUACACCAAAUCUGACGGGAAGGUUUGCAUCCAUCCUAAAUCUGUCAAUGCGGAGGAGACUCAGUUCCACUAUACCUGGCUCAUCUAUCACCUGAAGAUGAGGACCAGCAGUAUCUUUCUCUACGACUGCACGGAGGUGUCUCCCUUCUCUCUGCUCUUCUUUGGAGGAGACAUCUCCAUCCAGAAGGAUAAGGACCAGGACACCAUCGCUGUUGAUGAGUGGAUCAUCUUCCAGUCUCCAGCUCGCAUCGCUCAUCUGGUCAAAAAUCUGAAGAAGGAGCUGGACAUGCUGCUGGAGGAGAAGAUCAAGCGGCCGUGCCCUGUGGACUGGAGUGACCGCAGCUCUAAAGACUGCGCUGUGAUUUCGGCUAUCGUUGACCUCAUCACGACACAGGAGAGCCCCGGGGCUGCUCCCUCGAGAGAGCCGUCCAGGAAGAUCCCCCAGCACUGGGACGACUGAACCCGUCAGAGACAUCAGAGCUGAACCAUCAUUAUCGGGACUGACAGACAGCCAGUGUAGCCGCAUUAAAGGUGCAACAAGUAGAAUUUAACAUCAUUAAACUGUGAAGAGUGAAGAAACACUGGCCAGACAAGCUAAUGAGUCAUUCAUUUCUGCCCAGUCAGCAUGUUAACAGGUCCCCAGUAGCUUUUAUACAGCGGUUUGGGCUGCGGUGCCCCUUUUAGAGGAGUAGUUGUCAGAAAUGCUAAUUAUGAACAGCCGAUACAAAUUACGUCAUGGUGCUGAUCGAUUCCUUUCACUGUUAGCCAUGUUAGUAUUUUUUUGAGAUCCUCCUUUAAGGAUCAAAUGCUGUUGGUGUGGAGGUGAAGAAAAGGCUAACAUCAGUGAAGAUGAGGAAUGUCAAGCUAUUUGUUCACUCAGGCACGUGAAGCGUUUAGACUAGCGGCCCAAUCAUAUUGCGUUAAAAAUGCACCAUCUUCUCUUUUCUCUAUUCAUAAGCAUUUCAAUGUUCUGUGCCAUAUGCAAGCUGUAAAUAAAAAAAACGCUACUUAUUGCACCUUUAAAGUAAUAAUUUGGCUAAAAAACUUUUUUUUCUCCCCAUUGAAGCUAUGAGGCUAACAUUGCUAAAAAACACUAGAAGUUAAUAGUCACCCAAAUCUUUGCUGUAAAUACAUCCUCAGCUCUUCUCAAUACGCUCAAAAUGCAGCCAGGUCUUCUUUAAUGUGGUGCAGGCCUGUCGGUGCGGUUUAGGACAGUGUGAUGGCCAAACACUGAGCAGAUAACGGUGUUAUGCCAAAUGCUGCCUCCCCUUCGAGUGCAGACGUGGGACACAGGCAUAUGGGUGCCUGAUUAAAAGGCCGAUUUCUGUUGUUUCUGUACCUUCAGGUCGAAACAGUUACAGGUAUUUAUAAAGGAGGAACAGCAGAAAUCACGGCAGUCUUUAUGAUGUGAGACAGUCCGAUUUUGGCACACCUUGUGUCCAGUGUGACUGCCCUUAGCAUUUGGCUACAUGGUGAAGUGUUUUAGUAGUUAGUGUCCUAAACCACAUUGACACGAGCUGGACGUGGUUUCAGCGAGUUGAGGCGUUUUGGGGCUGUUUCUACAGAAAAGGUUCGACUGACUGUUGCGUUCUAGUGUUAGAAACAAACUAAUGAAGCCAAAUUUGGACACCAGACGUGUCUCGGAUGAUUAGUUACAUAGGAAGUGAUACAAACUCUAUAUGUUUGAUUUGUAGCUCAGUCAGUCCAGUGAGAGGGGCAGUGUGUGUGGAGGUGAUGCACUGCUGUGUUGAGUGGUCAGACUAAUCGACUGAGGCUGCCCAUUCCAAGACUUUCUGGAAUUACUGUUUUUUUUUUCCUUUUCUUUCUAACGAUGAUCGUCUGUAAUUUUGUUGCCGUUGCACUGUUUUGUUACAUUUUAUUCCUCCUGGUUACGAAUGACAGAUUAUUAAAGUUCCUUCAUUACAGCACCGUCUGAA